AUGAUGUCCUCCACGAACGAGGAGGACCCGUUCCUCCAGGUCCAGCAAGACGUCCUUACACAACUCUCCUCGGCCCGCCCGCUAUUCGCCUCCUACCUGCGCAUCCGCUCGCUCGCCAGCGCCGCCACCUCGCCCGAGCUGUCGUCGGCGCGCGCCGACCUCGAGACCGCGCUGUCCGCCCUCGGCGAGGACCUAGCCGACCUGGCCGCCUCGGUGCAGGCCGUCGAGUCGGACCCGGCCGCGUACGGCCUGUCCGGCGGCGAGGUGACGCGGCGCCAGCGCCUGGUGCAGCAGGUCGGCGGCGAGAUUGAGGACAUGCGGGAGGAGCUGCAAAAGACACAGAGUACCGGUGGUGGCGGUGAAGGCGGCUUGCCGGACCCGAGCGCGUUUGCGAUUGGCGAGGAGGACAACUACGCCGAGUUUGAGCAGCAGCAGCAGGUGCAGAUGAUGCACGACCAGGACCAGCACCUCGACGGCGUCUUCCAUACCGUGGGCAACCUGCGGCGGCAGGCCGACGACAUGGGCCGGGAGCUCGAGGAGCAGCGCGAGAUGCUCGACGUCGUGGACACCGUGGCCGACCGUGUCGGCGGGAGCCUGCAGAACGGCAUGAGCAAGCUGCAGACGGUCAUUCGGCGGAACGAGGACCGCUACAGCGGCUGCUGCAUCGGGGUGCUGAUUUUCGUGCUCAUUCUGCUGCUGGUGCUGCUACUGGUUCUAUGA